AUGCUCCUCGGCCUGCUCGUUUUCUCCCUCGCCUUCCAAGGUUUGUUUGCUCCAUCCCCUCUCGAAAGUCAUCCACUUUUUUUGUCUUCAGGCCUCGUCGCCGUCUCGGAAUGCGAGGAGUGCACCACUAUCGUAGAUCUUCUGCAACUCGAGUGGGGAGAAAAGAAAACGGAAGACUGCUUCGUCGAUAUUGCUCUUUUCAUUUGCGAGAACUUCCAUAUUGAGGACAACGACGUCUGCAACUUCAUCGUCUCCGACUUUUCUGUGAGAUCAAAAAUGCAACGUACGAAUCCAUUGAACAAUUUAUUUUUAGGAUGAGUUCAUGUACGUCAUCAAACAGAUUCUGGUCACCCCGCAUCAGAUAUGCGGUCUCCUCAUGCAGAAUGGUGAGCUUCGAAUUAAAGUUUUAACUGAAAAUACAAUUCAGAUUGCGGUGAAUUUGUGGAUCCUCUCGCAACUAUCUGGAACAUGACGGUCCCUGGAAAUCAGCCAGCAUUCGUACCGAAACAAAUUGUGCCCGUAAGUGAUUUUAUCUGUUCAUGCCUCGAAUCCGUUUUUAAGACUGGAAACCCAACUCUGCGAGCCCUCCAUCUUACUGAUCUCCAUGUUGACAUGUACUACACUCCAGGACUCGAGGCGCAAUGUGACACUCCGCAAUGCUGUCGUCCUCAAGAUAUGAAUGUGGUAUGAUGUCUCGACUGCUCACUAUCUUUCUAGUUUGUGAUUUCAGGAAAUCGUGGAGAACGGAGACGUGAAGGUUCCGGCGGGACCGUGGGGAAACGUGGGAUCUUGCGACACUCCGUACUGGCUGCUCACCAACAUGCUCGAGCACAUUGCCAACAGCUCAGGACCUCUCGACUACGUGAUGGUCUCCGGAGAUCUCGUGUCCCACACAGUCUGGGCCUAUACUCCGGAAACACACUCAUUCAUGAUCAAGAACCUUUCGGACACGAUCCGUUCAUAUUUCCCGACAACUCCCGUCUAUUUUGCGGUCGGAAACCACGAGGGAGUGCCAGUUGAUAAGUGAGAGACUAGCGUUUUUAUCGUUGAAAAAUGGCAUCGUUUCUAGUAUUGCACCACAUUUCACUCCGAAAAAGUACCACAUGGAUUGGCUGUACAAGUCAAUGUCCGAUUCGUGGCAGGGAUGGAUUCCGGAUGAUCAGGAGAAAACACUCAAAUAGUGAGUGCAGAGGGGAGCUGAAAAAAGAAAGGAAUGUGGAGUGUUUCAGCAAUGGGUGCUUCAUGAAGAAGAUCUACGACGGCCUGCGUCUCAUUUCUCUCAAUAACGUUUACGGAGAUCGCAUCAACUUCUGGUUGUACAUCAACCAAACAGAUCCAGACGGCACGCUCGGAUGGCUCAUCGAUCAGCUGCAAGACGCGGAGAAUGCGGGCGACAAGGUCCACAUCGUGGCUCACAUUCCAGGGUCGGAUUCGGAAGCCCUCGAAGGUUACGCGCUCAACUAUUAUAAGAUUAUCAAUCGGUUCGAUUUCACACCGACGCUCCGAAAAAACACGUUUUCUUCAGGUUCACAAACACUGUCGUCGGGCAGUUCUUCGGACACACCCAUUCUGAGAAGUUCUACAUGAUGUACGCAGAUCCGGAUGAUUACAAGUCCACCCCCACCAAGUAGGCUACUUAUUUGCUUCUCUCCUAAACUAUAACUUUAUUAUCAGUGUCGUCUAUUCUGCUCCAUCUGUGACUCCCUACUCCAACUACUUCCCAGCCUACAGAAUCUAUUCGAUUGAUGGAGUUCAUUCGGGAUCAACUUAUGUAAACACACAAAUCUCACCGGAUAUUAAAAUCUGAGCAUUUUCAGCAAGUAAUCGAUUACGAGGAGUGGUUCUUCAAUUUGACUGAAAACAAUGCGAACCCCACAAACGUUCAAUGGACACCGCUGUACAAAAGUGCAAAUUUGGAAUACGGUCUUAAAGGACAGACUCCAGACGAAUACAACCGAAUGAUUGAGAGAAUGAAGACCGAUACGAACUUGUUCAAUGCGUACUUCGAGUAAAAAAAAUGUUUUAAUUUGCUUCUUCUCAUCUCGGAUUCUCAGGAACCACUAUCGUCGUUCAGUCUACGACGGACUUAUUCCAUGCGGAGAUCAGAAGUGUCGCAACGGAUACCUUUGCGACGCCCGUCAAUUCCAUCAGACGAACAAGUUAUGCACGGAUUUGGAGGGAGGAAUUGAGAAGCCAACUGAGAAUCAGUCGAAGAAAUACUCGAGUCGCUUCAGGAAAUCUCACGAGAAACGACGAGGAAAGGAAGAAUGCAAAAUUUGA